GAGAGGAGGGCUAUAUACACUACACAAGGUGAGGAUGACAUCCACAGCAGAUCGACUGGCCCGUCAGCAGGACAGGGAACAAGGCAUUGGCACCAACAAGAAAGCAGUGAAGUUCUCCCAGCAGGAUUAUGAGACUCUGCGCGAGCAGUGUUUGAAGAGUGGACGCCUGUUUGAGGACAACUGCUUCCCAGCUGAGCCCACAUCCCUGGGCUACGAUGAGCUGGGACCAGACUCACCCAAAACCAAGGAGGUUGAUUGGAAAAGGCCAAAGGAGCUGUGCUCAAACCCAAAGUUCAUUGAUGAUGGAGCCACAAGGAUGGACAUUUGCCAAGGAGAGCUGGGUGACUGCUGGCUUCUGGCUGCAAUAGCCAGUCUGACUCUAGACCAGCAGAUCCUGGCUCGCGUGGUGCCCCAGGAACAGAGUUUUACUGAAGGUUACGCCGGGAUAUUUCACUUCCAGUUCUGGCAGUUUGGUGAGUGGGUGGAAGUGGUGAUCGAUGACCGUUUACCCACAAGAAAUGGAAAGCUGCUGUUUGUUCACUCAGCGGUGGGCUCAGAGUUUUGGAGCGCGCUGCUGGAGAAGGCCUACGCCAAGUUGUAUGGCAGCUAUGAGGCCCUGACAGGAGGAAACACUACUGAGGGUUUGGAGGAUUUCACAGGAGGGAUUGCAGAAAUAUACUACUUAGACAAAGCUCCACCGAAGUUCUUCCAAAUCAUGCAGAAGGCCCUGAGCCUGGGUUCAUUGCUUGGUUGCUCUAUUAAAGUAGUUCUUAUUUUCAUACUAAUUUGCUUAUUUUCAUACAUAUUUGAUUAUUUUACUCAUGUCAUCAGAUUGAAGUGUUGUUCUUGGUGUUUUCAGAAAAACAGUGCCGAUGAGAAAGAAAAACGUACAGCUCUUAAUCUUUUCAAGGGACAUGCAUACUCAGUCACUGGUGCAGAGGAGGUUAAUUUCCAAGGCAAACCAGUUCAGCUGGUUCGCAUGAGGAACCCAUGGGGUUAUAAGGAGUGGACUGGGCCUUGGAGUGAUAAGUCCAUUGAAUGGAACCAUCUCAGCCAAGAUGAGAAAUCAAAGUUGAACCAUGUGGCUGAUGAUGGAGAAUUCUGGAUGUCCUAUUCAGACUUUAUCAAGCAGUUCACCCAGCUGCAGAUCUGUAACUUGACCCCAGACACGCUCACAAGUGAUAAAGUGUGCCACUGGAACCACUACCAGUUUGAAGGGAUGUGGAGGGAGGGCUCUACUGCAGGCGGCUGCAGCAAUUUCCCAGACACAUUCUCGUCCAACCCUCAGUUUGUGGUGCGCCUGGAGGAUGUGGAUGAUGAUCCCCUGGAUGGGAAGGAUGGAUGCACCAUUCUGGUUGGGCUCAUGCAAAAGGAUGGGCGACAGCAGAAGAGGCUCGGCUGCAACCUUAAGAGAAUUGGCUUUUCCAUUUAUAAGGUCCCAGAUCAGUACAAAGGCCAAAGCAAUGUUCACCUGGGUCCAGAUGCCCUGCAGAGCCCUGUGGCCAAGUGCUCCUUCGCCAACACACGGGAAGUGUGCAAACGUUGUAAACUUCCUCCAGGAGAAUAUGCCAUUGUUCCCUCGACCUUCCAGCCUGACAAGAAUGGCAGCUUCCUUCUCAGGGUGUUCUCUGAGAAAAAGGCUGCAGCCAGUCCACUGGAGGAUGACAUUGACAUUCAAAUAGAGGAGGAGGAGCUAUCUGAGAGUGAUGUGGAUCCUCAUUUCAAGGAGCUCUUCAAGCAGACUGAUGGCAAUGACAUGGAGGUAUCGGCCUUUGAACUGGUUGAAAUUUUGAACAAAGUUUUCUCUCAGCGGUCUGAUAUCAAGACAGAUGGCUUCAGCCUGGAGACAGGUCGCCUUAUUGUCAGUCUGCUAGAUAAAGAUGAAAGUAGCAAAUUGGGGCUGAUGGAAUUCAACUUGCUUUGGAGCAAAAUCCAGAAAUACCUGGCGAUCUUCAACAAACAUGACACAGACAGCUCUGGCACCAUGAACUCCCACGAGAUGAGAGGCGCCGCCACUGAAGCAGGUUUCCAGGUCAACAGUGCUGUGCUGCAGUCCAUUGUCAGCCGUUAUUCCGAUGCUCAGUAUGUCAUAGACUUUGACUGUUUUGUGGGUUGUCUCAUUAAACUGGAAAUGCUCUUCAAAAUGUUUAAGACUCUGGAGAGAGCUGACACAGGGAAGAUUGAGCUGGAUAUGCAACAGUGGCUGUGCCUGGCGAUCUACUGACUCUGGAGACAAGACAAGUGAGAUGAUACCUGCUGGAGGAUUAACAAUACAUUUAUUGAAUUCACAAAAAAAAAUCACAUUUAUUUUUUACAAACUAAGUAUACUCAAUG